AUGGCGACUUCAGAGCUGAUCGUCCUGCCGACCUGUACGAUCUGCCGGGAUGAAGAUGCAACUGAUCUGAACUUUGGGAUCACCAAGUGUGGACACGCCUUUCAUUCGGAAUGCAUGGAGGACUGGGACAGAAAUCAAGUGCGCCUCGGAAGGAUGACCGUCUGUCCGUGUUGCAAUGCCAACCUAACCUACGCAAGACCCAUCACUAUCCGCCUCCAUCAACUCGUCAAACAACGAGUCAUCAUCAUCCCCGAUGGCGAACCUGAUCCCGUCGAAGAACUCAAGACGGCCACCAAGAAGGUAGAGAAGCUGGAAGCCGAUAAAGCCAAGCUCGCUGGCGAGAACAGAUUGCUCAAAGCUAAAAUCACCAACUUGAUACACGAAUCCGAGAAGGCCACCGCCCAACAUGCCCAGAGAGAGAACGUGGACUACCAUCCCUCGGAACUCGAAAAAGAAAGACAAUUACGCAAGAAGCAACUUCACGCUUUCUACCAGGGAGAGCAGAAGAGACUACGCAGACAGCUCGAAGAUUCAAAAGAAGCCUACGAAAACAUCGUUGCUGAAUUCGAACCAGUUGAACCGGCGGGGUUAACCACUAGCACCCCAGCUGAUAGAGCUACCACGUCUGGUGAGCAGAUGGCUAGUGGCGCUUCCCCUCAUUCGUCGAGUCCAUCGAAUGGACGCAAACGAUCUCGUCUGUUGGAGAUGGAGAACGAAAAGGGCAAAGCCCCAAUCAAACCACCCACAGUGAUUGAUAUCGAUUCGUCAGACUCCGACAGUCCAGUUCCGCCUAGACGACCCGACAUCACAACCCCCGGCCAAUUCGUCCUCAAAUCUAUCCUCAAAAAGAGGCUCCCCGACCCAAUCCCUGGGCCAUCGGCAUCAACCAGAAGCGCCGUUCGCCUAUUGAACUCAUCCGCUAAUCUCGCCAGAUUGAGGUCCGAUCCGUUCCUAGCUAGCCUCGGCGCUAGCGGCCGUCUCCCCCAUCCAGCUGCUACACGCGGCUCUGGCUCCGGCUCCGGCCCCAAGCCUUAG